GGUGAGUUCUGAUUGAAGGAUCUCUAUCUCUCAAGGAUCUCUAUCUCUAAUACAAUGAGAGCAGUUUAUCAUUAUAAAGAAUGGAUUAGAAAAAUGAAUCAAGAAUGAAAUAAUAGAUUUUAAGGAAGUUUGAAACUUUUUUUAUUUGACAUUUAUUUAUCCAGGUUAGGUUUUUUGUGAUGAAAUAUCUAUGAACUAUUGUCGCUGCAAGGCACAGAUUUGUUAGCCUGGGUACCAGUCUUCUUCUCCUAACAUUCCACUUCUUGCCACUUCUCAUAAUGCUAAACAUGUUUGGCAUAUGGCAUGGAGUACAAGGAGUGGAAGGUUAGCAGACACAGACUAGAACCCAGGCUACAUAUUUGUUUGCCCACUGCUGUUAGUGCAAUCAUGACAUACUUUGCUAGCUCAAACCUGGUGGACAUCCCAUAUUUGGGCAUACUACCCAUAAUUCAGUUAACUGAAAAUGACAUCCUGUUUUUCGAGAAAUGAAUCUGAACCACAAAACGGAGGUGGCCAAUGACAUUACCAUAAGCAGGGCUGCUAUCAGCCAAUGAUAUUUAGGGGGAUGAAACUUGAAUGAUGUAAGAGAGAGCAUUUGAUAGUUGGGUACAGGUUAUCAGUUCACACUCUUGCCUGUGCCUGUGGUACAUACAGUAUCAUAUACUAAGGCUAAUGUUCCAUUAUUAGUAUACAUGAGUUGUGUUAGACUAAGAGGAAUAUUAGUAGACAUGAGACCAAUGCAGGAGAACAUCAAGGUGCUUUACUUUGCAAACAAAUGUCUGGAGCCAUAUGUAGAGAUCAUCACAGGGAAGGAUGCAGUGAAGUGUCGACGGAGCGUGUGCAGCUCAGAGGAGGGUAACCGCUCUGAGGACGAGGAGCCUGAGGACUUACUUCCUGUUCUCCGAAACCACAGCCAGCUCCUCAAUGACCACCACAUCGAGAGUCUAGCCAAUCACAUGCCAGCAAGGACACAGGGGUAUCCAUGGAAUCUGGUCUACAGCACAGCCAUUCAUGGCACCAGCCUGAAGACUCUGUACAGGCAAAUGGCCCACAUCGACAGUCCUGUGCUUCUGGUCAUCAAAGACAUGGACAAAAAGGUGUUUGGUGCCUUCUCCUCCCAUCCCUUCAGAGUGAGUGACUGUUGCUACGGAACAGGAGAGACUUUUGUCUACAGCCUCGACCCUGCAUUCAAGGCCUACAGGUGGAGUGGUGAGAACUCGUACUUCAUUUGGGGCCAUAUGGACUCUCUACAGAUUGGUGGAGGAGGGGGGCUUUUUGGCCUGUGGCUGGAUGCUGAUCUGUACCACGGUGCCAGCUACUCCUGUCACACCUUCAACAACCAGCCCCUGUCCACCCAGCAAGACUUCACAGUGCAGGACCUGGAGGUCUGGACUGUCCAGUAAACAGAGCGAGACACUGAGAGACUCAGAAGCGGAAAAGAGAGAGAAAAAAGCCAGAGCCAUUUCUAUCUAUGGUUUACAAAUGGCUUUACUUGUGUUCAGUGAGGUUUAGCUUGUGUUCAAGCUGUUAGAGUACAGUAAGCUUGGACGGACAAAGCCAUCGAUCACGUGACACCAGUCAUUGCUAUGUGAAAAGUCAAUAGUGCAUUUGAAGCCAAGGAAGUCCGUUAAGAUGGCGUCUCAUGUGGGAGAUUUACGUAGGCAUAACAUGCUUAGUUUGAGCUACUCCAGAAUGUGACACUGCAGGUUAGCUCAGUGCUGCCCCCUCUCAUUGAAUAUUUCACGUUGAAGGCAGAUUGGGGUAAUGCACACUGCCAUUAGCUACGAAAUUAUGAAAAUGACUUAUUCUGUGUGCGAUUUUAAAAUAAUCGGUUCAAGCACAUACAUAUGGUAUAAUAGAAUCAAUUAUUAGUACCAUUAUUGUUUUGUUUGUUAUUAUUUUAUUUACACAAAGAUUGACCAUGAAGAUCGCCAUCUUCCCAUUCACUAUAAUGGUGAUCCUGUGUUCUGCAAAUAAUGCCUGCAGUACUGUGGUUGGCCUUGAAUGAGAAGGGGCAAUCAUUCUCCUCUGGGUUUGUCCUGUGUAAAACCUGGUCGAGUGACUUUUAGGCUGGUUUUACCUGUGUUUUACUAGCGCGUAACCUAUUAUACCAGCAUUAACUUGGGUUGUAUCUGUGUUUUGCCUGGUUAACUGAAGACUGUAUGGUGAAAGAUAGACAGGCUGUUUUACAGGGUCCUACUGUUUGCUGCUCAAUACCUGCUACUGAACAAGCUCUGUCCAAUACCAACAUUACAACUGGUUCUAGACAUCUACAUUUUAAACCCUCAAUCAAUCAUUUGUUAUGAACAGCAUUUACAACCAAAGCCCAUUUUAGAGUAAGAUCCUAUUCUCAUUACAAUUCCAUUAUAGCUUUAAACUUUAUAGAGGCUAAGAUGAAAACACUGCUGUACUACCCAACUAAUUUAGACUACUAUUUUGUAUUUAUUUAUUUGUCUUGGUUACAAGGGUACAACAUCAGAUGCCCCCUAGGGAUUCCUCACACACACAACACUCAGGUCCAGAAACAGCCACGGCAGAGUACUGUCUCUUAGAACUGCUAAAAGCACAUGUGGAACUAAAACCUUUAGAAAUACCUGGAAGUCCAUUCACUUGUGGCCUCUAAUGGUUUGUACUAAAGGUAUGGGUUUAAAUCCCAUGUUAAAUGUUUUCUUACAUUUCUAAAAGAGAAUAAUGAAAAAAAAUGUAAAGAACGAAACAGGAUAUAAGAUGUACCAAUUAUUUUAAUUUGGCAUGUUCUUCACAUUACGUUGAUGUUUUUUAUAUUUGCUAUAUAAAAAAAAGUAUAUAUUUUUUUUAUUUUACCUUUAUUUAACUAGGCAAGUCAGUUAAGAACAAAUUCUUAUUUUCAAUGACGGCCUAGGAACAGUGGGUUAACUGCCUUGUUCAGGGGCAGAACGACAGAUUUUUACCAUGUCAGCUCGGGGAUUCGAUCUUGCAACCUUUCGGUUACAAGUCCAACGCUCUAACCACUAUUUAAAGAAAUGUUAUCGAUGGAAGUAUUUUGUUCUGUUUGCUUUGUUCUGUUCUAUUUGUAUGUGUUGAGUUUGUAAGUAUGUAUGUUUUUUUUGUAUGUGUGCUGUACAGUGCUGGCACUGUUAAUGGCUUCUUAUUAAAAUUCUGCAUUUCCAGGUGACAAAA